AUGUCAGAAACUAAAGAACAAACUAAGCCGCCAACUUUUGAGGAAUUAAAAAGGUUUGAAUUUAUCAAAGUUUUAAACACUCGUACAAAAAAAAUUAAUCUAUUAGGUUAUUUGUCUACACCGCCAUCAUCAUCAUCAGAUGAUCCAACUUUACAAAAGCAUCAUGCGAUUUUAUUAGUUGAAAAAUCACAUUUUGAUAAUAAGGAAUUAUCUAACUUUACUAGCCAACGAAUCAAUGAUUGGAUGUUAAAAGAUAAAAAUGAUAUUUAUCACUGGUAUGAUGGUUUAUUGAAUAAAGAUGAAAAAUUGCCAGAUAUUAAUAUGACACUAAUUUGGCCUGCAACAGAAACUCCAUAUAUAGAUUCUAUACCAUCAAGCAGAAUACAAUGGGUUUAUAAUAUUUUGCAAAAAAAGAGUGAGGCUGAAAAAAUUUUGAUGGAAGAUCCAAAUUAUCAAAUUGGAUUUGUUUUGCUACCUGAUAUGAAAUGGGAUAACAAAACUUUAGAAUCACUUUAUUUGGUUGCAAUUGUUCAUCGAAAUGAUAUUCAUUCACUUCGAGAUUUGAACAAAUCACAUAUACCAUUGUUAAAAAAUUUAAGAAAAAAAAUUUUGGAAUUUGUGCCAAAAAAGUUUGUGGGAGUUGGUGCAGACGAAUUAAGAUUGUUUGUACACUACCUGCCUUCCUAUUAUCAUUUCCACAUUCAUAUAACACACCUUAGCAGUGACACUAUCCCAGAUGGUAUAGCAAUUGGCAAGGCAUAUUUAUUAGAUGAUAUCAUAACUAACUUAGAAUUGUUUUCAGAUGAGUAUUAUCAAAAAACUAUAUUGACUUAUGUUAUUGGAGAAAAUGACUUAUUAUUUUCAAAGUUGAAUGAUGUUGGUGCAAGAGAUGUAUGUGAUAUGGGUGAUUAUGAGGGCCAUUCAUGGUUGGCUCGAAUUGAUCAAAUUCAAAGAGGAACUUGGUGUCCCUACUGCAAAAAUAAACAAGAGCAAUUAUGUUGUGAAAUUGCAACAAAAUAUCUUGGGCUACCAUCGAAAAUACACCAACCAGACUUUCUUAAAACUCUCAAGUAUCCAACUGGACUACAUCUUGAUAUUUACUAUCCAGAAUUUGGAUUAGCUAUAGAAGUACAAGGGCAACAACAUGAAAAAUAUAUCGAAUUCUUUCAUAGAGAUGAUCCCAAUAAUUUUAUCAAACAGCAAGAACAGGAUCAACUCAAGAAAGAAUUGUGCAAAGAAAACUGGAUUGUCCUCAGAUAUGUUUGGUAUUAUGAAGAUCCAUAUAUAGUUAUUCCAGAACAUCUUCAUGAAUUGGGUCUUAUUGAGUAA